AUGCUAAAUUUAACAAACAAAGAUUCGAAAAACUUUAAUACCAAAGUGGCUAUAUUAGAUACAGGUAUUAAUAAUGAGAGAAUUAACAAUGAGUUUGUUACAAAAAAAUAUGAUGCUAUAAAUAGACGUAAUCAAAUAACUACAAAUAGUAAUCAUGCCACACAAAUCGCAAGUAUUAUCACAUAUGGGAAACAUAAAGAAAAGUUAAUCGGGAUAAGUAAAACAGUAAGUAUUUAUGAUGUUAAGGUUUUAGAUGAUGAACUCGGUGGAGAGACAGAUAGUAUAGUGAAUGGCAUCAAUUGGAGUAUUAAAAACGAUGUAGAUAUUAUCAAUAUGAGUUUUGGCUUUCAACGUUACAACAAAGAAUUACAUGAUGUUAUAAAAAAAGCUAAAAAACAAGGUAUCAUUUUAGUAGGUGCAGCGGGAAAUAAUAUGGAUGAUUAUAGUGACUAUCCUGCUCGUUUCAAUGAGGUCUAUUCUAUUACAGCAAUAGAUAAAAAUAACGAACCAUUUAUUUAUGCACCAACUAAAAAAGUCGAUUUUAAAGCGCCCGGUGUCGAAGUUUAUACAUUAGAUUCAAAAGAUGAAUUUACAACUGUAAAUGGAACAUCUUUUGCCGCUGCUUAUUUCACUUCUUACCUAACAACUAAAUUGGAUUCAAAAAAUAAUUUGUCACAUGUUUUAAAAAAAUACCCAAUAAAUUGA